UCUUCCUACCACCCCCCAUCCUCUCUUGCCUUUGCCAUGGCUGCCAUACUCCUCCUCCUCUCCCUCCUCACUUUCACCGUUCAUGUCCUCUCCGAUCUCCCCGCCACCACUCCCCGCACCUCCUUCUACCUCUCACCCAAUACCCUCUUCUCCAAUUACGACAAGAUGCUCCACUCUUUCAAAAUCUUUGUCUACGAGCCACCCUCCCCCUUCACCGGAGCUAAUGUCUUCACCACCACGCCGGAGUCUCAAUUCUACACGUCUCUCCUCCGCAGCCCGUUCGUGACCGAUGACCCUAGCCAGGCUCACCUCUUCUUCAUCCCUUUCCCUUCCUCUCUCUCCACGCGCAAUCUCGCGCGUCUGGUGAGAAAUAUUCGUAUUACUUUCCCUUUCUGGAACCGAACGCUAGGUGCCGAUCACUUUUACCUCUCAGCCGCCGGCGUUGACUCUUCCUCCGACAGAAACGUUGUCGAAUUGAAGAAGAAUUCCAUUCAGAUCUCUUGUUUUCCGACGUCUUCCGGUUUGUUCAUCCCGCAUAAGGACAUAACCCUGCCCCCCAUACACCCCUUCCAAACAAUGCCAUCGGUCAACUCGACACCGGCGUUUCUCGGUUAUAUGAAACUAAGCAAGCAAAGUCCGUUUAGUUUGAUUGAAGAAAUUAAGGAUGAUCCACAGUUCAAGGUUGAAUACGCGCCGGGGAAUAGAAGGGGGGAAUUCAUGAAGAACAGUAGAUUCUGUUUAUUUAUGUACGGCGACGAUAUGACGUGGAUGGUGGAGGCGAUGGGUGCAGGCUGCGUGCCGGUGGUGGUCACCGACCGUCCGAUUCAGGAUCUGCCUUUGAUGGACGUGAUGAAGUGGUCGGAGAUUGCCGUGUUUGUUGGUUCAAGUGGUGGGGCCAAGGCGCUGAGAGGGGUGUUGGACGGAAUAGAGAAAAGUAGGUACGAUGAGAUGAUGGAAUCUGGUGUGGUGGCAACACAGCAUCUAGUAUGGAACACGGAACCACAGACGCAUGAUGCGUUUCAUAUGAUUCUUUAUCAGCUGUGGCUGAGACGGCAUACCAUCAGAUACGCCAGAUGGGCUGAGCAGUAGUAGCUCUUCCACCUCUUUUUCUAUUUUUAGUUACACUCAUCAACCCACGAAAUAAAACAUUUAUUUACCACUAAA